ACUAUUACAAGCAGAUAUGCAAAUGUCGGAUUCGGGCUCUGACGCGGAAAUGGAGGUCGAUGAGGUGAAUCAGAAGCUCCAGGACGAAAACGAUGAUAAUGAAGGAGAGGAGGAGAAACUAGAGCCUGAGGACGAGGAGGAAGAAGCUGAAGCUGAACAAGAGGAUGCUCCAGAGUCUGAGGAGGCUUCACCUCCUCCGUCUCCUCCCAAGCAGCCCCGUCUUAAGAUCAAACUCAAGCUACCGAGCGUGCCCAGCACUGAAGAUACUGCAUCGCGUGGGCAUUCUGGUGAUAUCAACGUAGAGCCAGAAGAUGAAGAUGACGAAGGGGAGGCGGUGGGCUCCACGCGCCCGAUGACUUCCCGCCAAGCGGUUCUCGCGAGUGUUGUAGGCUCUUCGCAUGUUUCUCUAUGUAGCGAGCUCGCACUUCGACGCGAAGAGACAGCACGAAAAGGUCACAAUCUCACUGAGAAAAAGUCCAGGACGAAAAGGUUCGCAGAGACUAUCAACCGCCUCCUCAAAAAGCACGCGCUCUCCACCGCGGAGGCCAGUGCAUCUGAAGGUGAGCGUGAGGUCGAGCAAGAGGAGGAGGUCGUCCUACUGACUCCUUGGCGGUGGGUGUCCAGUACACCACCUUUGGCGGAUUUGUCUACUAUGUCACAGAACGAUGUUGCUCAGGGCAAGAUGCACCUCACAUUAGGCGUGCCCAUUUCUCCACCUCUGCCGAAAGAGAAACCACAGUGUGACGUCCCUGGAUGCACCGAAACAUGAAGGUGUAGAUCGUCGCCAUUUGCAACUUGCUCUCGUUAAGCUUACUCACUGUACUAUGGAUAAUGGCGCUUUCUCUUAGUUUGUAUGAUUUUUAGGCGUUAAAAUUUUGCAAC